ACGCUUCUCUUUCUUAUGAAACGACCAGCAGCUGUGUUUGUGUAAGUUUUGUCGUUAGAAUGGCAGGCAGACUUCUCCUCAGAUCAGCGGCUCGUGUUAUUUACAGUCGUCGGCCUUUUCCUUCUCAGCUCGGUUUGAGAGGACUGGCAUCUGGAGGUAUCCCAUCAGAUGAAGAUCAAGCCACCGGUCUCGAGAAGAUUGUGUUGCAAGCUGCCAGAAAAGGAGCUGAUCCAUAUAGCAUUUUAAAACCAAAGGAGUAUGCUGGCUCCAAACAAGACCCCCAUAUCGUUCCCUCAGUUAACAACAAGAGGAUGAUUGGUUGUGUUUGUGAGGAAGACAACACGGCAGUGAUCUGGUUUUGGCUGCAUCAGGGUGAGGCUCAGCGCUGUCCAUCUUGUGGCGCCUACUACAAACUUGUUCCACACGAGUUACCCCAUUAAACAGACAUCUACAUUGCACAGCAUAGGUAGCCAAACACUCCCGACUGACUCUGAAACACUAUAGAUGUCUGGCAUAUUCACAACUUACUGCUUUGCUAUUCUGUAGAUUUUGCACUUGAAGUGCACUAUAUAGGGGACCAGUCAGGUAUUUUUCACAAUGUUAAAAAAGCAAUAUUUAGUCUGAAACGACAACACUUGGCUUCAUUCCUUAAAGGGAUAGUUCACCCAGAAAUGAAAAUUCUGGCAUCAUUUACUCACUUCCAUAGUAUUAUUAUUUUUUUCUUACUAUAGACGUGAAUGGGGCUCAUGAUCGGUUUCCUCAAAAUGUUUUCCUUCGUGUUCAUCAAAACAAUGUAUACAGGUGUGUGACAACAUGAGAGUGAGUAAAUUAUGACAAUUUUCAUUUUUGGGUGAACUAUGCCUUAAAUUAUUUUAAGAUGAAUAGUUUACAUGCCAUAUUGCUUGCAAGAACUUUGCAGGUUGCACAUUCUGAAGUUUCUAACAACAUUCCAAAUUUAAUGAAAUAUAUUAAAUAUGUUCUUUGUCCUGUUACAUAAGCUGUUACUUAUAACCUGCAACUACAGUAAAGUAUUACAAAAGUUUUUACAUUGUAACAAGUUAGAUGAUGUCAACUGGAGUUGUCUCUGCUUUGCUUUUCAAUUCUGUGUACACAAAGAGACGCUGCAUUCCUUAUUGUGUGGGACUCAAAGUACAGUGCGUUUCAUUUACUUUGUUAGUUUUGAAUUAAAAUUUUGACCUUGUUUCAUGCAUCUAAAUAAAUGUGGCAUUACAGUG